AAGUUUAUCAAAGUUCCAGCAAAAGCGCGCGCAGUUACACUCAGAGCCUCGAGAGAAGACAGGACAGAUAAACCAGUGUUAACUACUUUUACAGUCUUUGGAUUUAUACUUGGUACCGUUAAAAUACUUUGAUAGACAACUAGUACAGCGUUCCUGCACUUGAAGACAAGCAGAAAACCAGGCCGCGCUUGUGUCAUAACAGGAUUUAUAUAACUAUUUUUCUUUCUCACAUAAGAAAAGGAGCACAAUGUUCGAGGCACGUCUCGUUCAAGGAUCAAUCCUUAAGAAGGUUCUGGAGGCUCUGAAAGACCUCAUCACCGAAGCCUGCUGGGAUGUCAGCUCCUCAGGCAUCUCUCUGCAGAGCAUGGACUCCUCUCAUGUGUCUCUGGUGCAGCUCACACUCCGGAGCGAUGGGUUCGACUCCUACCGCUGCGACAGAAACCUGGCCAUGGGUGUCAAUUUGAGCAGCAUGUCAAAGAUUCUGAAGUGUGCUGGAAAUGAAGAUAUCAUCACGCUCAGGGCAGAAGACAAUGCAGACUCUUUGGCACUGGUCUUUGAAACACUCAAUCAGGAGAAAGUGUCCGACUAUGAGAUGAAACUGAUGGAUCUGGAUGUGGAGCAGCUUGGCAUUCCAGAGCAGGAAUACAGUUGCGUGGUGAAGAUGCCCUCUGGUGAAUUCGCCAGAAUCUGCAGGGAUCUGUCGCAAAUUGGCGAUGCCGUCAUGAUCUCAUGUGCCAAGGAUGGUGUGAAGUUUUCUGCCAGUGGAGAGCUGGGUACAGGCAAUGUUAAGCUUUCACAGACCAGCAGUGUCGACAAGGAGGAUGAAGCGGUGACAAUUGAGAUGAAUGAGCCAGUGCAGCUUAUUUUUGCAUUGAACUACCUGAACUUCUUCACCAAGGCCACUCCUCUGUCCAAGACAGUCACACUCAGCAUGUCUGCAGACAUUCCACUAGUGGUUGAGUACAAGAUUGCUGACAUGGGACACGUCAAAUACUACCUGGCACCCAAGAUUGAUGAAGAAUCCUCCUAAAUCCAAGUAGAAGACUUAAGGCUGUCAUCUGUGGGAUUUAAUUCUGCAUAUAAGAAAUUGUUUGGAUAGAUGUUUUGAGAAAAUGAAUUUUACCACUCAGUGUCUGCUGUGGUUUCCAGUUCAAUGGAUUCACAAUUCUGUGACCUAAGCCAUUUUAUAUGAUUGGCAGAUAAAUGGGUGCACUAUGGUAGUUUGGUCCUUAGCUUUACCAGGCACUGUGGGCUGAAUCUAGAGUACUUAUGGUAGCAUACAGACUCAACUUUGGUCUCAUUUUCUCAAACUUGGUCCCUCUUUAUUCCAUUUCAGGUUUUUGUCAAACUGCUCAUUCUUAUGUAUAGAUUAUUGUCUGUAAAUAUGCUAGUUGGACACUGUUCAUCCAGUCAACCAUAAAUAAAACUUUUUGUAAUGAUGA